GUCGGCGUGCUGGGCGCGCCGAACGCGGGGAAGAGCGCGCUGGCGUGCGCGCUCGUCGGCGACGCGGUGAGCGCGGUGAGUCGAAAGACGAACACGACGCGGACGCGCGCGCUGGGGGUGCGCACGGUCGGGGACGCGCAGGUGGUGUUCGUGGACGCGCCGGGGAUCGUGGGGCGCGAGCACUACAGGAACGCGGCGCACGCGAGAAAGGUGGAGGACGCGACGGCGCUGGCGAGCGAGUGCGACGCGUUGGUCUUCGUCGUGGACGCGGCGAGACAGUUGGAGCGACGGGAUUUGCGCGUGCUGGAGGCGGUGCGAAAGACGCGAGCGGCGCUGGGGGAGAUGCGCGCGCCGCCGGAGGCGGUGCUGGUGCUGAAUAAGGUUGAUAAGAUUCCGAAGGAGCGACGCGCGGGGUUGACGAAGAUGGUGGACGAUUUCCGCGCCGCGGGGGAUUUUGAAUUCGCGCGCGUGUUUCCCGUCAGCGCGCUCACGGGGGCGGGAACGAGAGCGCUGAUGGAUCACAUCGUCGCCGGCGCUCGGGAGGCGCCGUGGGAGUUCGACGCGACGUCGACGAGCGAUAUGACGCCGGCGCAGAGGGCGCUGGAAAUCGUGCGCGAGAGCGUGUACGACGGCGUGCACGAAGAUUUACCGUACGGCAUCGACAUCGCGCACGUCUCGUGGGAAGACUUUAGAAACGGUGACGCGCGCAUAGAGCAAAAUAUUUUAGUCGACACCGCGUCGCAGAGGAAAAUAGUCGUCGGAAAGUCGGGCGAAGUCGUCGGGCGAAUCGGCAUCAACGCCAGAGCGAUGCUCGAGCGCGCGCUCAAUCGCAAAGUGCACUUGAUCCUGAACGUGAGACUG